AUGCGACAAAAGACGCGUUUUGUCUGCGUGUCUGAUACACACGGAUAUACGCCCUCCGAAGCGGGCUUCAAACUACCAACAGGGGAUGUUCUGAUUCACGCCGGCGACUUGACAAAUAAUGGAAGCCUAAAAGAGCUCCGCAAGACAAUGGAUUGGAUCUGCAAGGCCGACUUUGAAAUCAAAAUCAUAGUUGGUGGGAACCACGAUGUCACCUUGGACCCGGCCUUCUACGAAGAGCAUGGACAAAGCUUCCAUGGCCAGCAUCUCGAAGAUUCACAACACUGUCUAAAUCUCGUCAUGGGCUCGCCGUCGGUCGUUCUACUUCGCCACGAGCCUGCCCUGAUUCGCUUGACGCGAGCGGAUGGACCGAAGACAGUAUUUAAAAUAUUUGGGUCCCCGUACUCACAAUCCCAGAGGAACUGGGCAUUCGGAUAUGAAUCAAGUGAUGCUGCUGCACUGUGGGGUCAAAUACCAAUCGACACGGACAUCGUCGUCACGCAUACGCCACCACGAUCUCACUGCGACCAGAAACCGAACGGAAUGUCUGCUGGGUGUGUUGCGCUCCGUAGUGCAUUGAGCCUCAUUAGGCCGCACUUAGCCGUUUGUGGACAUGUGCAUGAAGGACGAGGGUACGAACGAGUUCUCUGGCGAGGCAAGCUUACCAACACAGAGACAGAAACAGAAACACAGCCUGAUCCUGAUUCAGUUGAUUAUGUAACUCGAGGCAUGCUGCCACCCAUGGGCAGCAAGAAACAGAGCCUAGUCGAUCUGACCGGCAAACGGGAUAAACCACUAGACAACGAGGGGUUUUCGCGCCCUGGGAAAAGACAGUAUGAUCUGGCAAAGACUCAACCGAUAUCAUCAGCCUCACCGGGGUCAGAGUCACCUGCUGGCGUCCCUAAAUCACCUGCUGGCGGCCCUAAAAAGGCAAGUCCACAAAACUCGCCCAGCGCUCACCCAUCCCUGGGUGCGGGUAGCCCUGGCUCCAGUAGCCGUGAUUUUGAUUACGCCUUGGAAACACUAAGAAAGGAGACCUGCAUUGUCAACGCCGCUAUCGUGUCUACCAGCUGGCCGCACCAGGGGGGCAAACGGUUUAAUUCGCCGAUUGUGGUCGAUCUUGAGCUUCCCGUGUGGCAGGACAACCACGCGGUUGCGAACGGGUGA